GUGUUGCUCAGUCACGGGCCUUCGCCGCUCCCACUGAGCCCUCCGCCCGUGCGCCGUAGGGCCCCGGCCCGCUCUGCAGCCCCGCCAUGGCCGAUCCCCGCCUGAGGCAGAUCAAGAUCAAAACCGGCGUCGUGAAGCGAUUGGCAAAAGAGAAAGUUAUGUAUGAAAAAGAAGCAAAACAACAAGAAGAGAAGAUUGAAAAAAUGAAAGCUGAAGCAUGCGAUGACUAUGGAAUAAAAAAGCAGGUUGAGAUUUUACAAGAGUCUCGAAUGAUGAUUCCAGACUGUCAGCGGAGAUUAGAAAUUGCACAUGCAGAUCUCACUCAACUACUAGAAAAUGAAAAAGAGUUGGAAGAAGCUGAAGAGUAUAAAGAAGCACGUUCCAUUCUAGAGUCGGUGAAGCUGGAAGCCUAGAAGUUUUUCAGUACCCUCUUUAUAUGUAUUAGCACUGGGUCCAUUUCACACUUUAUUUGACUGUAGCUCUGUUACUACUGCUGAUUUGCUGAGGUUCUCUUUAUGCAAACUAACCUCUCUCUAACUGCAAGAUGCAUCAAAUAAAGGAUGUUCUGAAA